UUUUAAUGUCUAUGCGUUACCUUUAAAAGAGACCUUCAAUUUCACUCAAACGCAAGGUGAGUCGAUAAAACCACUUAGACUUUUAGUUAAUCUAAUCUGUAAUCUAUGCAUUGAAACAGAUAUUCGUGUAUCAGUUGUAAACAGUUAUGCACAUUCCAGUCAAUAAUCGCAAGGCCAAUGGCGAAAACGACGUUUAACACAAACCACCAGAACUAAGAAAGUAUACAAAGUACGAAAGUGUACAAAGUACGAAAGUGUACAAAGUACGAAAGUAUACAACGUGGCCCAAGGUAUGCUGUAGGCGAAUAAGUGAACUCAGUAUUUAGAUCGUGUAUCUUGCUAAUAUAUAAAGUGCCGAUUAUAAAAUAUAUAUCUCAGUUACGCUUUGAUUGCAACUGUUCAUGUAUCCAGUGUGGUUAUCUAAUUCAACACGAUGAAGAUACUGUCCCCCAGCCCCGCGGUUAAGCGAAACUCAGGACACCAUCACGAAACAGUGGUCACAGAUUGUGGACGCUCUGUCCAUAUUUACUUACUGCGUGCAAACGUUACGAAACUUUGAAUGAAGGCGUUUGAUGAAAUAACCGUGACACACUAGUUUUUGCAGUAAUGAAAAUUGUGACGUUGAUUGAAGUCGUCAUCUAACACGCAGGAAAUGCUAAUAAAUGCUCCAAGGAGACCACGACAUAUGCAGAGCCCUUCGGUAUACUGGUGUCCAGGUAAGGUUAUUUACAAUGUCAAAAUUGAAACUAUACCUCUUCUCAUUAAAUUUGUGUAAGAGGAAAUCGUUUUGGUCUUUGAUGUAUAUUUAUUUGAUUGGUGUUUCACACCGUACUGUUAGGUCCAGAUAAGAUUUGCCAUCUAGAGUAUCUGUGGCUUCCUUUAAACCCAACGAAAGUAAAUAUCUUUUCAUAGCCUUUGCUAUCUAUGGAUUGUUUAGAAGGUCAUCAUAAAGCGUUUAGUGAAUGAGAAAGAUCGCUCCUGAUUAUAGUUUCUGCACAUAGUCUUGUUUCAUACGAGAACAUGUAUAUAGGUCAGCCAAAAGGAGGUCACAAUUUGUACCCAUGGGAAUACGUAUACACAGUUGGUAUAUGGUUUCACCGAAUUUCACAUGGAUAUUAUUAAUGAGAAAUUCGAACAGGAAACAUCCCUAGUAACCGUUAUAUGUAGUGGAGACGAAGAAGGCUUGGUUGCCUUUGACGGUAAAGUAGCGGUCGCCAAUUUUAUUUAAGACAUUUUUGGACGAAACACUAUUGGUGUCUUAGAAUGGCAAUCAUUUUGAAACAUCAGCUGAAUCCUGCAAGACGCUAUGAAUGUUGGAAUUAGUACACACUGUGUAGCGGUAAUUAUCGGACUGAUGAGAAUAUACAGUAUACCGGUUGAAAAGAAAAAAAUCUUGGUUCAAGGCGAUAAUGUCAGUGACUUCUGGUUGGCUCAUUGGUUUCCGCGCGUGAGCUGAUCAGAAAUGAUUGACAUUACAUGAGUUGGAACAAGCCUCUUAGAACCUCCAAUACGAUGACCUUUGCACCCGUCGUUUUCGCGCCCGGAAUAAGAGGAUAGACUAAGUACUCAUCGGCCCAAUAUGAAUACGCCUGUAUUAUAACUGGGCUCCACGACUUUUUUCGGCGGCGACAUAAGUCGCUUGUAUGCCUAUCGGCAGGACUGUCCAAUAUUGCGAAUAUGAAUUUGUGAUAUAGCAAUUGUUCUCUUCCUCUUUCUGUCCAUUUCAGUGGAGUUAGUUGCCUCGAUGGGAUCUGCAGGUUUGGCGUUGAGUUGCUUGGAGGCUCUGUGUACUUCGCUACUCGGGUUCAAGGUCACCUGUACGAUUAUAGCCAUUGGGGUACCUACAUUCUGUGGGUUGUUUGCAUUAGCGGCUUAUUAUCACGGUUUCGUCCACAAAUGGCCCAGUAUAGUGUGUCUCAUCCAGCUCGUUUUGGCAACCAUCAACUGUAAUGCCUAUUUCGCGGUAUCAAGAGUGUUCGUUGGAAUCUUACCCGAGAAGCACACUGGAAAACUGGUCGCUUUGUACAUGGCUAUGUGCUGCUGUGGGAAGAUGUUCUUCGGUGGUUUGAUGGAGUUGUUCUUUUGGAAAAACUUGGCAGGAUUUUUCAUGUCCUGCGCUAUUGCGUCAACACUGACUUACGUUCCUUGUUUCGUUCUCCAGUAUCCUCUGUACACAGAGCAGAAACACGAACCGGAAACAAAAACCACAUGCGCAGACGGCGCAGAAGAACAUGGCAACGCGUCAACAACAUCAACAAGCGUCAGGGAUAUAUUACGCUCUCCAUUUUUUCACGUCACGUUUUGGAUUUCUGCGCUGUUCUACGGCUGUGGUAUGACUUGUACGACCAACAUCACCACCAUAGCUCAAUCGGCAGGAGUUGCCGACCCUUUGCAAUCCGUAUUCGUCCUGACGGUCGUUAUCUUCACAGUCCGAGUGUGUUUCGGGACGACAUUCGAUCGGUUCGCCUCCAUGUGGUGUGGCUUUGCCCUCCUUCUGGUAGCCUACUCCAGUUUUGUCGCCGCCAUGACUAUUAGCAUACUUUAUCUCAGUUCGACGUCCAUGUUCUUGACGACGAUUCUGAUUGGAGUAGGCAUGGCACCCGGGUUAAUCACGCCGGUGUCCAUUCUGCUGCUUCGUUAUGGACGUUCCCAUUACAGUGCCGUGGCAGGUUGUUUCUACACUGUGUCAGCGACUUACCAGAUCCUUCUUCAGCUGUUUAUGGGUAUUCUCUACGAUGCUGAAAUACCACACAGUGGCAUAAGCGGGAAGAAUUGCAUGGGCACAGUAUGUUUUUACUGGUGUUUCCGUUUGUUACUGGGUAUCACCAUCUCUGUCAUCGUUAUUCAGACGUUUAACUUUGUAAUCUCAGAAAACUAUAGUCGACUACGGCAACGUUUCUCAUCUUCAAGCCUUCGCCAUAAUGAGUCGUCCAGCCCGCCAUUUCCUAGCGACAAGACUUAAAUAUAUCGGGUAGUGUAUAUAAGAACUGGACCCAGCUUUGAAUUCAAGCCGUACCAAAAUAUAUCCUAGCUUAGCGUAUGAGCAAAUGAGAAUACAGCUAUCUGACGAUGAUAGCGGCGCUAUGUGAUUCUUAUUGGUCAACUUAGUGCUGUUGCUUGUUUUGUCAUGUUUGUGGUGUCAGUAGGGACUUUUUUUCAGCAGAACAAACAGUCAUUCUAGGGGUGCAAACCCGGUCUUGAACAGAAAAGUUGUAGAUUCACCUUAGCUCUCCUGGGUAUGUCGCUGUAAGGUGGCAGGCAGUCUUCCACAAAUGCUGCGUGCAGUUAUGUACACGUACAUGUACGUGUACGAUACGCGCGGGAAUGUUCAUCCGUAUACAAAUUACACUCGUGGGUCAUGUCUUGUUCAUUAACUUAACGAAUGGCUUCAUUCUUAAAAAUAAUCAAACAGAUGGUCCACUGGGCUUCUAAGUUGCACAUGGAUUAAUUUAUUUACAAUAAUAAACUUGAUCAAUAUAAGUCAACAAAUAUAUCGAAAAGAAACCUUUCAUGACGAGUUUCUGGAGAACAUGAUUGAUUCCUUUAUUUGAUUGCAUUUGAACGUUGUUGUUCAACUAUAACAUCACUGUGUGUUUUUAUCCAUUUCUGUCUUGUAAAGCCAUGAUAGUAGUUGAGUGUAAUUUGAUACUGUUUAAAC